AUGAUUUAUGUUAAUAUGCGACAGAUCAGCGACAUGCGCCUAGCCAUCCCCCGCAUCAUCGAGCCCUUCCACCGCCCUCGCAGUUCCACGACGUAUAAACUCUACGCCGACGGCGUACUCGGUUCUCAGAAGAACCUCGAUGCACUCAAGAGCCAGUGGAAGUCACCAGAAAUUCAAAGCACGUUCGAACACGUCAAGCAGAGCCUCGGCGCAAAUGCGGAUCUGUCAGAGAGCGUCUCGAUACCUUCUCAUGGCUGGGCGGAAAGAGCGCGGAAAGCCAAGGAGUCGACAAAGAGUCAGGGAGGGGAGAAUAAAGAUGAUACCGGUGCUAUCGUCACUGACGAGGAUAUCGAGAGGAUAGUGGUGGAGUUUAGGAAGGCGCAUCCGAAUCUCAAAGUCGAAACACUUGAUGAGGGUCGCAGCAUCCAAACACGCUUCGUAGCCGGUUCUCUCAUGCUGAAGUUCCGCGUCGGCAUCGAGCGUGAUGCAAACGGACGACAUAAACUCAACGCAGAGUGUUUAGGGACAACUGAGCCCUUUUUGGCUAUCACAAGAUGUAUUGCAUCACGGUCAAAUCCAGAUGAUUUGAAGUAUCUGUUGGAUAUGAUUGCUGCGUACAAGACUGUGAAAGGAACGUCGUGUGCUAAAUGCGGGAAACUUCUGGAUAACUCGGCGUUGACGCCUACUGCGAGGCGAAGUAAACAAGUUGCCGUCGGAAACGAAAGUCCAGAUACGGUCUGGGUGGCACUCCACGAGGCUUGCAUUGAGUAA